CGCACGGGGCAGGUGCGGGCCUCGGGCGGCGGGAGCGCGGGGCUCCAGGGGCCGGCCCGCCAGGCGAGUUCCGCAGCCCGCCCCGGCGCCCGCCCCUCGCCGCCCGCGGCUCCUCCUCGCUUCGCCAUGGUGGAGCGAGGCGACGCGGCGCCGCUGCUGCGCUGGGCCGAGGGCCCCGCCGUCUCCCCGCCGCAGGCCCCGGAGCUGCAGGCUGGAGGCCGGGGCUGGGGCGGCGGCGGGGGCGGCCGGGUGGCCGCGGAGCCGCGGAGGAGGCGGGAGACCGAGGAGCUGGGUGCCUCCGAGGUGCUGCUGCAGCCCGGGCGCCUGGAGCUGGGCGACGUGGAGGAGGACCAGGUGGUGGCCGUGUUCGUGGUCACCUUCGAUCCCCGCUCGGGAAACAUGGUGGAAUGGUGUUUACCUCAAGACAUUGACCUCGAGGGCGUGGAGUUCAAGUCUAUGGCCAGCGGGUCCCAUAAAAUCCAGUCUGAUUUCAUCUAUUUCCGGAAGGGGCCCUUCUUCGGCCUGGCCUGCUUCGCCAACAUGCCCGUGGAGAGCGAGCUGGAGCGUGGGGCGCGCAUGAAGUCUGUGGGCAUCCUGUCUCCGUCCUACACGCUGCUUUACCGGUACAUGCACUUCCUGGAGAACCAGGUUCGGCACCAGCUGGAGACGCCGGGGCACUACUCCCAUCUGGCUGCCUUCUACGAGGACAAGAAGGGGGUGCUCCGUGCAGGUCCCGGGGGAGGUGGCAGCCUGCCCCCCGUCUACUGGCUGCCAUCCAUCCACCGGUACAUGUACCCUGAGAUGAAGAUCACACACCCAGCUGGCUGCAUGUCUCAGUUCAUUAAGUUCUUUGGAGAGCAGAUCCUCAUCCUCUGGAAAUUCGCCUUACUUCGAAAGCGCAUUUUGAUAUUUUCUCCCCCUCCUGUGGGCGUCGUGUGCUACCGAGUGUACUGCUGCUGCUGCCUGGCCAACGUCUCGCUGCCCGGCAUCGGGGGCACCAUCCCCGAGUCCAAGCCUUUCUUCUACGUGAACGUGGCCGACAUCGAGAGCCUGGAGGUGGAGGUGUCCUAUGUGGCCUGCACCACGGAGAAGAUCUUCGAGGAGAAGCGGGAGCUGUACGACGUCUACGUGGACAACCAGAACGUGAAGACGCACCACGACCACCUGCAGCCCCUGCUGAAGAUCAACAGUGCCGACCGGGAGAAGUACCGGCGGCUCAACGAGCAGAGGCAGACGCUGCUGUACUCCCAGGAGGUGGAGGAGGACUACAGCCCGUGUGAAGAGGACCUCUUCGUGCUGUUUUUCCUGGAGCAAAACAACCGGAUAUUCCAGACCCUGCUGGAGGUGUCCGCCAGUCAGGACAAGACGCUGACCGCCGAGCACGCCCGGGGCAUGGGCCUGGACCCCCAGGGGGACCGCAGCUUCCUCAUGGACCUGCUGGAGGCCUACGGCAUCGACGUCAUGCUGGUCAUCGACAACCCCUGCUGCCCGUAGGACGGGCGGGCCGGACCGGUGAGCCGCUGUCACGCGGGACUGCAGCCCAGGCCCGGGGCGCUCGGUUUUUACUAAGUGGACACCAAGGAAUCCUGUGUAUACUUCCCAUCAGAUGUACUUGUGGCGGUCUCUGUUCUUCCCGUGCUCCGGACAGGUAGGGUGAGAGGUGGCGGCUAUGGUUCCGUGUCCUGCUUCACGGGACUCGGGAACCGGCCACGUCCCGCGGAGUCUGCCUGGUUGGGUCUUCGGCGUCCUCAUCGACGUUUCUUCUCUCACCUCCUCCCCCCGAGUGACCUGAGGUGCGGCGGAGGCCCCAGGUCGCUCGCUGGGAGUGGCUGAGCUCUGGGAACACUGGGGUGGGCUGUUCAGGCAGCCUGCGUGGCCUGCGUCCCCCGACGUACUCAAGAAUGGGACCGCCGCCUUGCCAGGGCGGCUCGAUGGCAGAAGCCAGACCAUGACCGUACAAGGUUUUCAUCGGUUCUGGGAGUCCCGUCUUGGGAUCAGAUCCAUUUUCCUGUUCAUUGGGACACGUCUGUGUCUUCGUGUGAGGAGAGACCUCAAGGUGGGACAAGGGGGUGUCUCCGACACCAAGUACGAGCUUCCCCAAGGGCCGGAUGACACGGAGGGGCUGCCUGUCAGUCAGCUGAUGGCUGAAGUUGCAGCGUGAAGCCCUGAGACUGGCCUCCAGGUCGCUGGCGGCCGCUCCGUGUGCUGUCCCUCUUUCCCAGAGUCCCCGCCUCCUGGGAUGGGUUGGCUGACUGCUGAGGGCCAGCACUGGCCCUGGAGCUUCUGAGCAAAUUCAUUUUCCAGAUGCGUCUCCUUUAAGGGCUAGCCAUGCUCUUGGAAUCCUUGGGGGGUUUCUGAAGAGCGGCAUCUGUUGCCACCGAAGAUGAGGAAUUGGGGUGCAGGGCAGAGGAGGUGUUUCUCCAUCUGGGUGAGCCCUCGGGAGGUGUUACUAGCAGAGCCUCGGGGUGACCGCCGAGUCCCUGAUGCUGUAAUUUAGCGAAGAGCUCUGAGUGCGCUGACGGGACCGAGCGCCAGCUCAGCGCAGGCCCGCACGCACCUCUCCUCGGCAGCGAGGGCGUUCCUUGAGCUGGGCGCCUGGGCCAGAGACCCAGCAGGUCUGCCAGAGAGCAACUGUGACAGUGCCUUCACCCAGGAAGUGGUUGGGAACCCCCCAGCGACAGGGACCAGAGUCUGCUUUCCCCCAAAAGGUGGUGGCCCGGCCAGCUCCCCACAGGCCCCGCCUGUUCCCUCCGGCUGGGCGAUCGCUGGAGGUCAGGGCAGGGGAGACGGCGCACAGGGAGCCAUCACUUAGGAUUUGGACUUGGGGCGCGAGGCUGUUGCUGACAGAGAACUCCUCCCCCCACCCUUCCUGCCCAGUGGUCCCCGGAGCAGCCGUCACUGUACCCAGGUCCCUGAGCACGCUCCUGCCAGGCCACCGGGCGCAGCAGAGGGGUCACUUUCGAACGGGCCGAUCCCAUGUCUGAUCUCAGAGACCAGCCUUGUGGGGCUUGCUGUUUUACUCAGAAGCACUUCCACGGUAGCCCCAUAGCACGGACUUCAGGACUUCGGAAGGUCACGUGUGGAACUGCACGGAGACACGGAUUCCAUAGCAGGUCCAGCCGCUGGAGUGUAAGCCGUGCCACCGAUCCGCUCUGUCCCCUGCGGGGCGGCGCAGCGCCCCGUCAGUGACACGCUGGUUUACAAAAGAAGAUCUGUGUGUCGAGGCCGAGGCUUCACCGCGCUCUGCCUGGACAAGGAAGCUCCUCCUCCUGCCUCUCAGAGCGGCCUUCCUUAGGGGGCCGGGUCCGGGCUGCCGGGGGUGGUGUCCGAGAGGUUCCAGGGUUUCCGACGUGGGUGGGGUGGGUGGUCAGAGCAGGUAGGGGUGAGAGGGUGGGUCGGGUUCUCUCGGGGGAUGCAGGCCGACCCCCCUGCUGCGGAAUCGGGAAGUCUGGCGGGAGAACUCUCUGUUGAAGCUCUCCUGCUGUGGUCUGUCUGCGUGCGGACGCAUCGCUCCUGUGGCGGUGUGACCCGGCGCUCGCAAGUGCUGCGGUGCAGGCCGUGGGGUGAAAAUGGGCUUCCUGUGGUUCCCCUUGAAUCGUGGGCUCCUCUGAACUCCACACCGUUGCAGGCAGCCAUCUGUCUGGCAUGUCCGUGCGUCCACCCUCACCCAUGUGCAGAGGGCCGGGGUCCAGGUGCCCUGGUGGGGAACGCACGCCCAAAGCAGAACACACGUGCCCCCACCCUGUGCUCCGUCCCUGCACUGCAGCCUCCUCGUGAGGCCCGCAGCCCAGCGUGACGCCCCCUCCGCCUGGCUGCCCAGACUGCCCGCUGGCUCUGUGGUGACCUUUGUCCGGGUUUGUCCACUCCCGAGUGCUUCUUGCCUUGACUGAGAGACGGAGGUCGCCUUUGAAGGCUGCCUCUGUACCCGACGCUCCCAUCCCCCAGCCUUCUCCCCACAGCCCCAGGGGGGCAGCCCAGCCCAGCCCAGCCCAGCAUCGCUGGCCGCAGGUUUUCUAGAAGGGGAAGAAGUGUGCGAGGUGCCAGGCAGGAGUCCCUUCGGGGUGACAGCAGAAGCUGGCAGCCACGCGGAUGUGGUUUCCUGUCACUGUUGAAAUGCGUUCUGAGAAACCAUCCGCUGUGGUUUGGGAGGUGCUGGUGAGCAUCCUUUGAGAUCUUACCUUCUGGUCCGUAAGCUCUGAAGGGCCAGCGAUGAUGACUGUGAGCACUGCCCUCCUGGAAGGGGCUGGAGACCUCCCGAGGGGUGUGGUCUCCUGACCGAGGGGUGUUGCUGGAGCACACCCCCACCUGCCCCAGCUGCUGGGUGCCCCUGGGGGAUUUCAGCCUGCUCCAGUGCCCUGCGGGGGGCUGUGUGCCCACCUGGGAACACUGCCCACCUGACCCCUGGGCUGCCCUCUGGUCCUGAGGCCAUGCUGGAAGAAGGUCUGGUGGCAGGAGCCCUUGGGAGGCUUGGAAUCCAGCCCUGGGGCCUCCUGAUGGUAGAGUGGGUUUUGCCAAGUUUGUCGGCUGGGCAGAUGGUAGCGUUCAGCCUUUUUGUCAAUGUCUGCGGGUCUUCUAGCUUGGGACUCUUCCUUUGGAAGGAGUCUGAAACAGUAGGGCUUCUCUCCUGCCGAUUAGCACCAAGUUCUUGGUUGAGAGUUAGCUUUGGCUUUCAUCAAGCGUGGAGCUCUGCUGAGGCCGCGGGGGGGGGGGGGGGGCGGUUCUGGUCCAGCGAGGGCGUCGCAGGUGGGGCGCCGAGUGCCCUGGGGACUGUGCUGGCCGGGAACCGGGAGGAGUGUGCCUCCACACCCGUCAUCCAUUGUGGCACCUCGUCUUCCGUUCGGCCGGGGAAGGGAUGGGACUCACCGAGGUGUUGGUGGAAAUCAUUUAUCACAGGAAUCUGCAUCUGUAGCUUAACCUUGUUUUUGUCCGCGGGAAUGAAGGUGGGAAUUGAACUGUAGCACCGGGUGCAGAUAGUUCUAAAUACCACCUGGGAAGAUUCAUUCAUCAGUGUAACAACCUGUGAUCUUUUAGCGAGAAGAUAAAGAUCAAUUAAAUCCUAGCCGAGCGGCUGCUUUUCCUCCCAGUGGCAGCAAGGACGAACCGGCUAUUUGUCUUGAUACACUGAAAGCCCUUCAAACACAAUAAAAAGAUGAGAUUAUUCACCUUUAAACUGAGGCCUUUGGGGAACCUUUUGCAAAGGGCAGUAAAGAAUUAACCUUUUAGUGGUAGUACAGGAACACUCUGGGUAGAGGCUGGGACCUCAGGGACCGUUUUUUUUGUUGUUGUUUUUGUUUUUGUUUUUGUUUUCUGAUGAAACCGCGUGGCCCAGGGAAUGGAUUCCAGAUGCUUUCUCCAGUCCCGGAGCAGCUCAUCCUUGCAGGGGUGAAGGAGGGAGGGGAAAUCAGAAGACAGCGUUCUGACGGGCCGUGAACUUGCCUUAGUGUUGAUGACGGUUCUGAAAGAGCAAGACGGUUCACCUGGGGACCAGCAUGCACGCCCAGCUUCAUCUCCCCAUGAGGUUCCUCCCUGGUGGGUUGCGAAUCCAAGAGAAGUCCAGGCCGCAGCUUCCCCCCUGCCCUUCUCUGCUCUUAGUGUGCUGGUGGCUGGGGUGUGUGGGGACCCUGGGACCGGAGGACAGGAACGGCCCUUUCUGAUUCAGGUAGGGGAAGACAAGGAGGCACAGGCUCCUUUUACUCCCAAGUCAUGGACUUUUAAUAUUCCACUUGUGUUACUAAUAUACCUCCGUUCCCAGGAGCUGUUGGAGCGCAGAGCGGCAUGGGAAAAGGCUAACUGUGAAUCCAGUUCAUGUUUUUCUUAUAAGAAAUGGAAGUUUAUUUUUGUAUCAUUAUUACUGUGUGAUAAAAUGAGUAUGCAGAUCUUGAAAUGGAAAGAAAUUUCCAAGCUGUAAUUUUAGGAGAAAUGGGCAGUUUUGGAAUUGGGAAGCAACUGAGACCCCCAUAAAAGUUUUACAACUUAAAUGUUCUGGAGAGUGAACAAAGACUGUGAAAUCACAAUAGCAUUCUCUAGGAGACGCACUUGACCCUCCUAGGGAGGACGACGUCGCGUCCCCAACCUUAAGUGAGACUCUCGUACAGAAGGGGGCAGGUGCGAGAAGUAGUUUUAUAACUGGCACUUUGGUUCACUUUUGGAGUUGGAAAACGGGUGGCUGGAUGAAGCUGCCCAUUCAGAAAAGAAAUCAGAAAUUUCCAGUGCUAAUGAAUCUGUAAGUAAUGAUGGAGAAGGUAAGCUCUCCUUCAUGUCUUUAGUUUAUUCUAGAAGCUCAGCACAGCACGGCCUCUCAGAGGUAGCAGGAUCUAAAUUCAGAAGUUGGCUGAAUCACUGUAACAGGCGGUUAGUGGGACCACGUUUGCUGUGGAAUGCGCGUCUGGACUGAGGAUCCACGUACCUGCUUCCUGAGGAUUUCUGAGGACGGUUGGGGAUGCAAGGGGUGGGGUAGGGCAUGAUUAUAAAUUGGCCAGAGACCCAAAGAAGGAAACUCUACCCAGAGGGCAGUGAGCUGAUUGCUGAUUUUCUUCACGUGAGAGGGAAAACGUCCUCUGGGAGAAUUGAGACAAAAGCAUUAAAGAGUUUCGGAGGUGGCGGCGGGGAGAGUUUCAGUCCAGGGAGCCGCUAAAGCCACGGUGAGGGGAGGUGCAGGUCCUGGGCGUUCGGGCAGACAGGGUAGGAGGGGACGUGAGGGGACAGAGCACAGGGGAACGGAAUCAACUUCCUUCCUUACCCCACGCUGGCCAGCUACACUUUUCGUGGGUCUGGGAACUAAGCCUUUUCUGAAAAGAAACAGCGUCAGCUGUGGAACAAAGGUUUCCCUGUAUUUCCAAGUCAGGAAAAGCAUCGCGUCGAGGUCGCCUUAAAUGUCACGCCUCUGUUGUGACUGAUGCCCCGGUGUCGGAGUUCGAGCAAUAAGAGAAACGGAAUCUAUUUUUGUUUCCAGUCCUUACCUCACAUUACGAAACCAGUGUCAGCUGAUAGGGUUUACCCCGAGUGCUAGUGCUCGCAAGCGUGUUAGUCUCGCUCUGUGUUCCACGGCGACAGCGCCAAAGGCCUCAAGCUGGGGUGAGCCUGAGUUUCCGAGUGGAUGUUUCUCGCGGCGAUUCUGUCCCGUGGCGCCAGCACCAUCUGUGUACAUCGUGUCUGUAUAUACCCGAACCCAGCUGUGUGCAGAGGGGCGGAGAUAACUAUAUUUACAGACGACACUUUUUACAAUUAAAAUUCACAUUUUAACAUGAA